CUGUGUAGAUUUGCUGGCGCGCAGUUCCUAUAAUAAAGAGCGCAUGCGUGUUUCAACUAUCAGUCAGUGCGAGUUUACAGAAUGGCCGAUCUAGGUAAAGACUACGGUGCAAACGGUUCCGAUCCCAAGAACAUUCAGGAUUUGACCACAUUUGUCCAGAACCUACUCCAGCAGAUGCAGGACAAGUUCCAGGUCAUGUCAGAUCAAAUCAUCACAAGGAUUGAUGAUAUGGGAAACAGAAUUGAUGACCUUGAGAAGAAUAUUGCGGACUUGAUGACCCAAGCUGGAGUUGAGGAUGGCCGUGUGUGAUGAAAAUCAUGGAUGAUGUCGUCGCAAUGAAGUCACUUUUAAUGAAGUCACUUUUUUCAAUACAAUGGCUGUGACAGUCUCCUUGUAAUGGAGACAUGUGUUGUAGAAGGCCUUUUGUAGAUGUUUCAUAUGAUCUGAUGGAAACUUGCCUAGCCCAUGGAAUGUAUGUUCAACAGUCCGUCCAAGAAUGGGAGGCUUUGAUUACACCAAACCAUUUUAGUGUCUCUCCAAAUUCAUAACUUUCACUCUCAUUAGGAGUUAACAUCAAAAUCAUUACAAACUGAUGCAUGUCCAUUUCCAAAGCAUUCCAUUGUUCUGUACUGAUAAUAAUGCUUUUGUCUGUCAAACUUUCAAAUCAGUAGAAUGCUAAGGUCUUGUUCGUAUUAGUGAAAGUGUAAAAAGAGAUAAACUGGCCUUAAUUUGAUCAUGAAAAUGUUGAUAUUUGUGAUGUGUGCAUUAAAUAUAUACGUAAUAAAACAUAAUCAAAUUUA